AUGAUCCUCCCCGACGAUACGCCCGCAUCACCGACGAAAUCGCGCGCAGGCCCCCUUUCUCCAGCCUCGGAGGACACGCACGAGGAUAAUGUUCCCCCACCGCCUGCGUACCCCGGGCCCCCACCCACACAGCAGCAGAAUGUAGACAUUGAAGCACAGGCGGGCAACUCGCGAACACCGCUCGUCCAACGAUCCGGCUUCGGCGAGUCCUCACCAAUCGAGGAGGUCGAACCCGCCGCGACACGCUUCCUCAAAGCGUUCGGCAUCGUGGUCCUCAUAUACCUCGUCGUCGGUUCCUUCACGCGCACAGCGAUCGCCGGGGUGCACUGGGACCACAGGUCAGGGGGCCAUGUCGAGGUGAGCGUCCGUUCGAGCGAUCACGCAAGCAAGAUCCCCUAUCCCAGGCAGUCCGACGGCAAGAUCAUCUCGUGCAGCUCCGCGGACGUGGGUCAGCCGCGCUUCCGGUCAGGCCCCGUAACGUCCUUCCUGUUCCCCCUCUCCGCCGACCUGCUGUACAUCUACGGACGCGGCGCGCUUUCUCAUGGCUCGAUCGUGUUCGUGCCGACGACGGACCGCUCCAUACCGGAGGGUAAUAUCCGCGUGGAUAUCACGCCGCACUUCGAGAACAGCUUCGCGUUGGGGUCAGCGAACAUCUGCUUGCUCGAGCCGGCAGUGGGCCAGAGGAGUAUCGCUAUCCUAACGCCGAGACAAUGGUGGCCCAGCAGCGACCUCGAAUUCAAGGUCGAGGUGCGCUUCCCAGCGCAGGCGACGCCCCUCGGGAAACCGCUCCGCGUGAAGGCGUUUGAGACGAACCUGCCCUUGUUUGAACAUGCAUUUUCAGAACUGGAGGGAAAGGUAUCUUUCGGCUCACUCAAGGUGUCUUCGACAAAUAUGCCUAUUCACGCUUGGGUACGUUGGCAUUCCGUCGAGGCGGACAACGCGACGAUGGUGACCUCGAACGCGCGGAUAGACGGCAAGUUCCGCGUCUCGCGCGAGCUCGAGCUCAGGACGUCCAACCAAGCUAUCGACGCCCAAGUCACACUCGACCACGACGUAUCGCGUUCCGAUACCGUGUCGAGUAACCUCACGAUGGUCACUACCAACGCUCGCAUCGACUCGAAAAUAUCCCUACGCCGGGCCGCCUACGUCCAGACCGGCGGCUCGUUCUCCGUCUCCGCCCACACCUCCAACGGUGCUGUCGAUCUCGCGGUGACAUCUCAGCCGGCUGACAGCACACUGACGCUCUCGGCGCGCGCGUCGAACUCGCCCGCGACCGUACACUUGAAUCCGGCGUUCGAGGGCGCGAUUGAGAUCGGGACGACGAACGGCCCUGUUAGCUUCGACGUCAAUAAGAAGGCAAGCGACCCGGGGAAUCGGGGGAGGCAGAGAAUGUGGGUUGUGAGCGAGAAGACGAUGAAGAUGUGGAAAGGGUUCGUGUCGUGGGGGUCGCCGCAUGGGAGGAGGCUGAACGGACGGGUGACGGUGCAGACGGAGAACGGGGCGGCGGAGCUCCAGGUGUGA